GUAUAAAAAGCGGUGCCCCACGCGCUCAGUCAAUGGAGCAGAGGUAAAAAACUAGUUGCAGCCGCGUGUACGUGACAGGGCUAAUUCGGAAUUAUUUAAAGUGCUUUUUGCACUCGUAUUUUGUCUACCGCGUUUGGGCAGAAGUGAUUCUGGUGCUUUCUUCAGUGGACGUCGAGUAGAAGAGCCGAGAAGUGACAGAGAUGAAGUGCAUUAUAGGAAUUGGCGGGGUUACUAAUGGUGGUAAAACCACCCUGACCAACAAACUGAUCAAGACUUUGCCCAACUGCUGCGUCGUGCACCAAGAUGACUUUUUCAAGAAACCCGAUCAGAUAGAUGUCGGGGAGGACGGCUUUAGACAAUGGGAUGUGAUCACAGCUUUGGAUAUGGAAGCCAUGACCAGCACAGUGAAAGGCUGGAUUGAGAACCCAGUGAAGUUUGCCCGUUCCCAUGGUGUCACUCUGUCCACUGCCUCUGUGGCCAACCCUGAUGAGCAGAUCCACAUCCUGAUUGUGGAGGGCUUCCUGCUGUACAACUAUGGACCCUUGCAGGACAUUUUUGAUAUGUGCUAUUACAUCUCGAUUCCUUAUGAGGAGUGCAAGAGAAGGAGAAGUACAAGGCAAUACACAGUCCCUGACCCUCCUGGACUCUUUGAUGGUCAUGUGUGGCCCAUGUACCUGAAGCACAGGAGAGAGAUGGAGGAAAGUGGCUUGAACAUCGACUACCUAGAUGGUCUGAAAUCCAAAGAAGAGCUUUACAACCAGGUGUAUGAAAACAUUCAGAACAACCUGCUAAAUCGUUUAUAGCAGGAAGAGGCAGUCUUCGUCUCUGUACAGAAUUUGUAAAUCUAAGGACUUGAUUUUAUUUUGCUUUAAUUUUUUGUAAAUAGACUUUUAAAUUAUCAUUAUCUUGAUCAUUACAGUAUGUUUGCUUUUUCAUGAAGUGUUAUAACUCUUAUGUUAAACCACUUAUUUGUACUGGACCACUGUUUCAUGAUCACAUUCUCUGACAAAUAAAUGUAUUGGUUGCUUUUUACUAAA